AUGAAAAUAAUCACAACAGGAACAUUAUGUGAUCGUAGAAAAGGCAAAUCGGGUCGUCCAAUUCAUCGAUCAUUUUCAAACAAACAAGAAAUCGAUCAUGCAAUCACUGUAUGUGAAAAUUUGCAAAUUGGACAACAUUUAAAAGAUGCUGCAGAAAAAUUAAAAUGUGCAAAACGUACCUUAAAGAAGCAUUUAAAAAACAAAGUUACAUGGAAAAAACCACCAAAGAAAGAAAAAAAUCAUAAUAAUUUUGUUUCUGUCAAAAGAAUUAAAUUUGCUCGAGCGUUAUUGAAUAGACGUGGCCAAUUAAAAAAUUCAUUUCAAAAUAUUACAUUUCUUGACGAGGUCGAGGAUAUUACGAAGAUUUCUGAUCCAAGUGAUUCACCAGGUGAUGAAUAUGUCAUGGAUAUUGAUGCUGAAGAAUUAAAUUUUGAUGAAAAAAUUUUGUUAACCGAUAUUGGUGACCUUGCUGAAAUGUGCAAGUUGAAAUGUGGAACGAAAUAUCUUAGCAC